GUGGGAGUCGUUCAGUAUGGAGAAGACGCAGUCCAUGAGUUUCACCUCAAUGACUAUAAGUCUGUAAAAGACGUGGUGGAAGCUGCCAGCCAUAUUGAGCAGAGAGGAGGGACCGAGACCCGGACAGCAUUUGGCAUUGAAUUUGCUCGCUCGGAAGCAUUCCAGAAGGGUGGAAGGAAAGGGGCCAAGAAGGUGAUGAUUGUCAUCACAGAUGGGGAAUCUCAUGACAGCCCGGACCUGGAGAGGGUGAUCCGGCAAAGCGAGAGGGACAACGUGACCAGAUACGCCGUAGCC